CAAAAGUAAAUCUCUUUCUUUCUUCCCCGUGUUCUCACUUUCUCUCUCCUCUCCUUUUUUUUUCCCCUCUAAUGUUAAUACUGCUGUGAGCUGUCUCUCUUAAGGAUGCAGGUAUCAACAGUGAAUUUUCACUUCCCAUGAAAUUAAAAUUCGAUAUUUGACACCAUUUCAAGAAUUGCUUUUUAAUCAUACAAUUUACAGAUCUUGAGCUUAGUAGUAUAGAUUAACCAGGGUUUGGGAGAAAUGCCUACUAAAGCCGGAAUUGUGGAAGAUCCAUUCAAAGAUGAAGGAGGGGCAAAAAACAUGUUGUUUGGACAGCCCUGGUGGCGUGGUCUGAGUAACAAUGGUGUCUCUCCUACUUCAGCUUCGAAUGACUCUUCCGCUCGAUCAUCUAGUGGGGAACCAGUAAAUGGUUCUGCCUUGGCUGGAAAUUUUUCAGUGCCCUUGAAUGGGAUACAGGAUGCCGGUGGUAAUGCUGGUAGAGAGAUCCAGACUGUAUUAGCCACUCAACUGCAUAAGGAUAAUACACAAGAUCAGCAGCCUCUUAACCAAGUGCAGUCCUCAAUGCCACAAAAUCUUGGCGACCAGUCUAAUGCCCAAAUGGAACUUGUUGGCCACUCAAUUGUCAUGACAUCAUACCCUUUUCAGGAUCCUACUUAUGGAGGAGCUAUGGCUUAUGCACAAGUACAGCAGGUGAAUCCUCAGAUGUAUGGAUUCCAGUUGCACCAGAGUAGAAUGCCUCUGCCCCUUGCAAUGGAGGAAGAGCCUGUUUAUGUGAACGCAAAGCAAUAUCAUGGGAUUUUAAGGCGCAGACAGUCACGUGCUAAGGCAGAGUUGGAAAAGAAAGUUAUUAAAUCUAGGAAGCCAUAUCUUCAUGAAUCUCGUCAUUUACAUGCUUUGCGAAGAGCAAGAGGUUCUGGAGGACGUUUUCUCAAUGCAAAAAAGCUUGAUGACAAUAAUGCUGAUAAUUCAAUAAAGACAGAAGCAAAUUCAGCAACCAACCUUCAAAUUCGUUCGGGUGGUUCAGCAUAUUCACGACAUGUGUCCUCUACCUAUAGUGCAAAUGCAGCUUCUUGGAACCAGCAAGAAGCAAGAGAAUCGAUGAUUUCAGACAUGCACAAAGCAGAGUCACAUUCCAGUAAUGCCACUAAUGUUCACGGCCUCUCAUCAACAUAUCAUUCGUUUUCUGGUCCUGAUGAAGGAAGAGACUACUAUGGUCAGGGAGGAUUGAAUUUGAAUGGGGCUCUUUCCGUCAAGUAGGACCCGCUUUGAGGGACGGCUGCUACAUUAUUACCUUCUGGUUAUGUUCGCAGUAUUGCCGUGUGAUUCAAUUAUGGAGAAAAGUAACCCUUCGAGUAUGUGGAGUGUGGAGUCUCAGGCAACUCAUUCUUGGCUGGAUUAUGUGGUUUACCGUGGUCGGGAUAGAAGAGGAAACACGGGUAGGACAAUGCUCUUAUCUGCCUGCCAUUGUUUUCCGGUUUCCCCCUUCCCAAUCAACUUAUGACUUAUCUAUUGUGUAUAAAGAACCCAACUGACCUUGUAGAAUUCUCAUGGAUUGCCUUUUAAAAUAGUAUGUGGAUCUAUGUUUUUGUACUUUUAAGGAACUGCCAACAAUAUUGGAACUGAGUAGGGGUGUACAAUGUACCUCUGUUUGGAUCUCUGGAUGUGUUAUACAGUUGUACUGCUGGUGGGAGAUAAACUUUGUGUAGUUUAUAGGCUUACAUUUUAUGCAUGUUGUUGCUUACCGUG